AUGUUACCCAGCGAGAGCAAUGAAACCCCUGCAGACGGGGUGGAGGGAACACUGCCGUACGUUGGGCUCGUGAAUCAAGGCAGCACGUGUUACUUGAACUCCAUCAUUCAGGCCCUCUUUCAUCUGCCAUCCUUUCGCCGGACGCUGUACCAUAUGGUGCUCCCCGAUCAUGACCCUGUCAUAUUGGCGUUGAGGAAUAUAUUUGCACAACUUCACUGUGAGACACCGCUCAUCUCCACGAAUGAGCUGACAGACGCCUUUGGCUGGGGCAACGAUCACGCGUGGGUACAGCACGAUGUGCACGAAAUGAUGCAGAAGUUGUUUGAUCGUCUCGAAAUUAUUUGUAAGGGAACUCCCCACGAGAAUUUUAUUCGUGAUCUUUUCUACGGUGAAUUAACAUACAUCACACGUACCGUAGACGGUGUUGACUAUACUUCGUACCGAAACGAGGGUUUUUACGACGUUGAAUUGCUUGUAAAAAACAUGGAAAACAUCUAUGAAUCUUUUGAUCACUGGGCAAAACCAGAACGCAUUGAGGGAGUUUCACUGGAGAUAAAAAAAGGAGGACCAUGCACGAACCACACCAUUGAGCGAAGCCAGCGUUUUGUACGUCUUCCACCAGUUUUACUCAUUCACCCCAAUCGAGCAGAGUUUUCUAUGGAGACCUUCACUGUGCGAACACUGCCUGGGAAGUGGACCUUUCCAACAACGCUUAACCUUGAGCCGUAUCUUGUUUCAAGAGAGACAGAAGGAAGUGAGGCAACACCCUUGAGUCCUCUCUAUGAACUACGCUCUAUUGUUGUACACCAAGGCAUCGCCGAGAAUGGACAUUAUUUUGCGUGUGUUCGCUUUGGGGAGCAAUGGGUUUGUUUUAACGAUAUGUAUGUGACCCGCGUUUCGGAAGCUGAGGUCAUGCGCUCAGCUUUUUGCAGCGGCGAAACGGAGGGGUGCUUUAAAGUCUUCAAUGAGCGGGCGACACUACUUGUAUAUGUCAAUGCAUUGUCGGUAAAAGAGGUACUAACGGAAUAUCUCGUUCCUGCGCACAUUAAGGCCAUUGCAGAGGAAAUUGUCGCUGGACGUGAACGAAUAUGGAGGGAUAAAUCUGAGAGUGUUGAGUUUAGCUACAUUACAGAAGUAGAGUCCCUUGUGAGGGCUCUCGAUGAUAGCAACGUCAUCUCGGUUCAUGUGGAAAGCACAACAGUUCCCACCUUCUUUUGCAUAGAGGAAGUCCAUGCUGCUAUUGCUAAAGACAUUGGCCAAACUCCUGAUAGAAUUCGUGUGUGGAUGUACGUUGACGUUCCUCCUAGAGGCAAUCGUGAGGCGCGCCCCCACAAUGAUGUCCGUUGUUAUGGAGAUAUUUUUGUGGAGGUUCUUGCGGACAAAAAAGAGAAGCCUUCCAACAAUUUAGUUGAAGAUGCCUUUUUUGCUCUUGUUCGCAUUGUAGACACGGGAUCACUGGGACCCUGCAACAUCGUUCACUCUCGUGGAGAGUUGGAGCAGCUCAUACAUGGAACUGAGAAGGAAACCAAGUGUUUGCUUUGCGCCCACGGCUCAAUUUUGUGGGAGGUUCCAGUUGCGGGAGUCCCGUUGGGUGGCAAUGUCAUUUUGUGCCCUGCACCAAUGUCCAACGAGGGCGUGUUGGAGCUGCUGCGUCAGCGCAGGCUGAUGGAGGCUUAA